AUGACUACAAAUAAUAGUGCUAUGCAUAUGAACAAUGGUGGUUCAAGCAUGACAAUGAGUUCCCUUGUAUCUACUACAUUAACAACAAUGGCUUCUACUAUGGUAACCGCCAUGUCCUCAAUGAGUCACGAUCAUUCUAGAAUGUCGAUGGGCAUGGGCAGUUCUACAAUGAAUAUGAUCAUGCAAUCAAGAUCUACAUACGGCCAAAGUGGUUCUUCAUCUAGUAGCAACAGUGACAGCACUACAACUUCAUCAACAGGUAUGGAUAUGAGCAUGGAUAUGAGUUCACAUAUGGGUAUGAAUUAUUAUCUAACUAGAAAAUAUGCUAAAUAUCCAGUUGUAUUUGAAAAAUUAUAUGCAAAUACCAAGGCUGAUGCCUUUGGUAUCUUUGUACUUAUCUUAGCGGCUGCCUUCUGCUAUAAAUUUUUGUUAUUUUUGAAUUGGAUUCUUGAGAUCCGUUGGUUUAAGAAGUGGAAUAAGACAAAAAAGCUGGAAAGUGCUUUAUCUCUACAAAAUAAUAGUGAUAAUAUUAACAAAACUCUUGACGAUAACGAUGAUAACUCAUCACUUUUCUCCAAUGGUCAGAAAACAGAAUAUGAUUCGGAUGUUACACAAGUGUACCAAGAUAAUAAUGGUUUACAAUUAACACGGCCUUUACCAAAAAUGCCAAACUUGUUAUUUGAUAUUUUUGCUCCUAACCUAAAUGAUCUAAUUCAUGACUUUAUCAGAGUCAUAAUAAUAUUUACAUCAACAAUGAUUAUUUACAUGUUGAUGCUUGCAGCCAUGUCAUUUGUAUUGACUUACGUCUUUGCUGUGAUAACAGGGUUGUCUUUAUCUGAAGUAUUUUUUAAUCGUUGUAAAACGUUGCUUUUAUAUAGAUGGGAAAUUCAAAGAGAAUUGGAUAGAAUUAAUAAAUGUGGUGGUGGCAAUAAUUGUAAAUGUGGCAGGCAUAAACGUAUCUCUGUUACAAAUUUAGCAAAGGAUGAUAAUAUCCCAGCUACUAAUAAUGAAGGCAUUGCUCCAGUAAAUAGCGGUAAUAAUAAUAAUAAUAAUAAUAAUAAUAAUAAUAAUAAUAAUAAUAAUAAUAAUAAUAAUAAUAAUAGUAAUAGUAAUCAAGAGACUAAUUGCUGUUGUAAUGAUGAUAAUGAAACUGAGGACGAUGAUAGAAAUGCGGAGCGUAAUAUGUCAGAAACCAUAAAAUUACAAGAACAAAGUAAUGAUAUGGAUGCAAAUUUAGUGCCACCAGAUAAAUAUAAAUAA